UAGCUGACUUGGCUGUGGCAUGACGUCCGGGGAAGCGCCACCCAGCAGGUCUCGGCUGUUGUGUGGCCACGAGAGGAAGUUAGAUGUGUUAAUCUCGUAGUCACCCGGUGUACAGGCCACUGUGCAGCAGCAUCCAUCUGAACGGGACUGCCCGGCGGCUGCUGUCGGCACCUAGCACCUAGCUAACACUAACUGGCUAGCAGGCUAACCUCAACCCCGCUAACUUCACCAGUUUAAGGCGGUUUAAGGGACGAACCGUGCGGGGGAAAGCGGGGCCUGUGCCCACUGACGUUACGACUCGGUUUACCGCUGCCCUGGAGAGCUUAACACCCCGUUUUUUUCCCGGAGCAACACACUGCUGAGAUGGACAACCUGAGUGAAGCCCUGGAGAAGCUGAAGCUAGCGUCCACAGACCGAGCCACCGACAGCGUGGAGAGCUGUCUGGACUGCCUGCUCAAAGCACUCGCCAACAACAACACCGAGGCCAGUGUGAAGAUCCAGGAGAUGGGCAUUCUUCCCCUGCUCCCCACCCUGCUGACCCCCCAGUCCUCCUGCACCCCUAAAGUAGCCAACAUCAUAGCCGAGGUGGCCAAAAAUGAGUUCAUGCGGAGUCCUUGUGUCGACGCCUGCCUCAUCCCGCCGCUUACUCAGCUGUUGAACUCCAGCGACCAGGAGGUUUUGCUGCAGACCGGCCGGGCCCUCGGCAACAUCUGUUACGACAGCCAUGAGGGCAGGAGUGCAGUUGACCUGGCGGGAGGGGCUCAGAUAGUAGCUGAACACAUUAAAUCCCUCUUCCAAAAUACUGAGCCGGAAAAUGAGAAGCUCUUGACUGUCUUUUGUGGCAUGCUGAUGAACUAUAGCAAUGAUAAUGAUUCCUUGCAAGCCCAGCUGAUCAACAUGGGCGUGAUUCCCACUCUGGUGAAGCUGCUCGGCAUCCACUCCCACAACACCGCCCUGACAGAAAUGUGUCUAAUCGCCUUCGGGAAUUUGGCGGAGCUCGAGUCCAGCAAAGAGCAGUUCGCCUCCACCAAUAUUGCCGAAGAGCUGGUGCGUCUUUUCCAGAAGCAGACGGAGCACGAGAAGAAGGAAAUGAUUUUUGAGGUUCUGGCUCCACUUGCAGAAAAUGAUCUGAUAAAGCUCCAGCUGGUGGAGGCAGGCUUGGUGGAGUGUCUCCUGGACGUUGUGGCUCAGACUGUAGACGGAGAGAGGGAGGAGGACAUCGCCCAGCUCAAGACUGCCUCGGACCUCAUGGUUCUUCUGCUGCUGGGAGACGAGUCCAUGCAGAAGCUGUUUGAGGGAGGAAAGGGCAGCGUCUUCCAGAGGGUCCUGUCCUGGAUACCGUCUCACAACCACCAGCUGCAGCUCGCCGGGGCUCUGGCCAUCGCUAAUUUUGCCCGCAACGAUGGGAACUGCAUCCACAUGGUGGACACCGGGAUUGUGCAGAAGCUUCUGGAGCUGCUGGAUCGGCACGUCGAGGAAGGCAAUGUCACCGUUCAACACGCCGCGCUGAGCGCCCUGCGGAACCUGGCCAUACCCGUGGUAAACAAAUCCAAGAUGCUGUCAGCUGGAGUAGCGGACGUGGUGUUGAAGUUUCUGCAAUCAGAGAUGCCUCCGGUCCAGUUUAAACUCCUGGGGACGUUACGCAUGCUCAUCGAUACCCAAGCCGAAGCCGCGGACCAGCUGGGAACCAACGGGAAACUGGUGGAGCGGCUAGUGGAGUGGUGUGAAGCCAAAGAUCACGCAGGGGUGAUGGGCGAGUCCAACAGGCUCCUGUCGGCCCUCAUUCGACACAGCAAGUCCAAGGAAGUCGUCAGAUCUGUCAUCCAGGGAGGAGGAGUCAAGCACUUGGUGACCAUGGCAACUAGCGAGCACAUGAUAAUGCAGAAUGAAGCGCUGGUGGCUUUGGGUCUCAUAGCAGCGCUGGAUUUGGUUGCGGCCGAGAAGGACUUUGUUGGCGCCAGCCUGGUGUCGGUGCUCCACAAGCUGCUGUCGGACGAGCGGAGCGCGCCGGAGAUCAAAUACAACUCCAUGAUCCUCAUAUGCGCCGUCAUGGGCUCAGAGCCUCUCCACAAAGAGGUCCAGAGCCUGGCGUUCAUCGACGUGGUCUCCAAGCUGCGGGCCCACGAAACAAAACGUUCCCACCAGGCGUCGCUCACGGAGCAGCGGCUAACCGCCCAGAGCUAAAUGACUGUGUCCGACCUCCACCCACACACCCACCCAAAUGCCUGCCUGACCAUCUGAUAACCUAAUGACACCUCAUGACUGCCCCCCCCCCCCCCCCCCCCCCCCCCCCCACCAGUGCCCCAUCGUCAUGUGCCAAGGUUCCAUGUCUCGUUAACUGCCAGCCAGCCAUAGUCAUGUCUCUCAACCCCCCCCACCCCUUAGCCCCGCCCAUCUCCACUCGGGUUAGACUGAUGUUGAUUCGGGAAGCCGAUCCUAUCCUAAAUUUUUAAUAUGUAGUACAAAAAAAUCCGAUCCUUGAUUGGGUGAAAAAUGCCUCUGAAACAGUUUUUAGACUACUGUGGGGCACCGGCACUCCUCCGAAACCCAUAAGAGAUUUAAUUAGGUGGGGUAGCAGGUCCUUUAGGCAAGGGGGUCCACAUCAGGCUUUACAAACCUCCACCCUGAAAUGGUCAGUGGAGGUGGACACUGUUGCCUUCCUGGGUCUGUCCACGUCGGUCUAACCCCGGUCCCCCAACUCGACUUGUGUGCAUGCGUCUUCUGCUCCCCCCCCAGGAGCCGAGGCGCCCAAAACAACGCAACGCAAUAGAUGAAGAGACGACCCUCUCUGACGACCAUAGCUGUGACACCACCCGCCGGUAACCCACCAGUGAAAAAUGUGCACAAAAGAACAAAAAAAACACCAACUUCCUGUUGUGAUUUUCUUUUUUUUCCCCCCCUCCCCAUUUUUAGAGCAAAGCAAGCAGGCACCCACGAUGUGCCCAGUUGUGUCCCAUGUGGCUCACGUAGAAACCGACUAGAAACCGUGCGUGUUGUAGUCCUGUCGAAAGCGUGACGGUGUUCAUUUUACCCACCAGUACAGCCCGCUCUGCUCCACCGACACCUCCAUUUUGUUUUGUCUCCCAGACUUUGAUCUGGAACAGUUGUCCAAACGCAUCCCCCCCCGAAACAGGGAGGGAUGGACGGCGUGUCCGUGUUUUACGAGCUCAACCAUCGACCGGGGUGCAGCAACUUGUGCGCGUCUCUGUCUUGUGUUGCCAUCGCCCCCGAAGUCGGACAUCAGAAGAUGUUGAGAUCACAAACGCACAAAUGUCCGUGUAGGUCCACAAGGUGAGAAAAGCAACGUCGCGGGGGGGCGGGGGGGGUGCGGAGUAUAGAUCUUUGAUCAACCCUUGCGUUGUCCUCGGGUCCUAUUUGACCCAUUUUCAGUUUUUUUUUUUCAUCACAAAAAAAAAUGGCCCUUUUGAAAUAAGAUGAAAGCGUCAACAUUGGAAAUAUCAAACAACAAAAAAAAAGCACCCACGACAUUGAAAAAGCGACAACUUUUUUUCAUGGUGGACGGGAAGACAACACAAGGGUUAAUUAACCCCUUGUGUUGUCUUCCCCAAAACCAUGGAAAAAACCCCCCAAAACCAAGCGUGUAAAAUCCAAGAUGGCGCAGGAUGUCGUUUUCACAAAAUCUUUGAUUUGACACAGCUUGGUCAGAUUAAUCCUUUUUUUUUUUUUUUUUUUAAAUCAUGCUUUGUUACUUAGCGCCCAUCUUAUAGGUUCCUAGGAAGACUUCCUAUCUAACAUGCAGCCAAUCGGUGCAUGCGUACCCAGAUUUCUACAGAUACAAUUUUUUGUGUAGCACUGUGGACAAACUCCAGAAAAUCUCAAUUGAAGAUAAUCUGUCAUAUUUUUGGACGGGGCCGAGGUGUGGGAGUAGUCCACGGAGAGCGGCCAGGAACAAGAUGAGUCAAAGUUGGCACGAGACUAGGAAUCCAGAACCCGGACCGGGGUACUGGAGUAGUCUUUGUAACACACAGUAGUGCCCCCAAAAUCACAAAAAUCGGGAUGUGUGGUGUAAGAAAACCAGAGAGUGUGAUUUUUUUUUUUUUUUUUUCCAGCCACCGUUCAUACGUGUGUGUGUACAGUGUGUGUGUGUGUGUGUGUGUGUGUGUGUGUGUGGAGCAAAGUCCGGGGGGGGGUUUCUAACACCGACACUGUUAACAUGAGUGUGUUUCCUGGUCUGGGCCCACGCGAUUUUCUUUUGUUUGUUUGCUUGUUUUAAAAGGUAUGAAUGGUUAUUUAUCAGAUUUGUGCUCUUCUAAAGACACAUGCCUGUGGAGACGUAUCCAUAGUAACUGCGUGAAAUCCUAUAAACGUACGUGUUUUGUCGUAAAUGUCACGAGUUGUACAUUUGGAGGACUGUAACUCCGCAGAUAAUUAAGAGGUGACGACGCUGGUGA